AUGGAACUGAACACAAAGGUUUCCGUUGUUGGGACCCUCUCUCUAACAGAUUGUGCAUCUCCCGCCAUGUCACUUUUUUCGUCUGUCCCACCUGUGGAAUGUGGACCUGUUCAUGACCCUACCUAUUAUGUUCGACGCUCCACUAGGACAACUCAUGGUAUUAUUCUUCUUCUCUUGUAUAUUCAUGAUAUAAUUAUUACUAGGGAUGAUCCUCAAGCUAUCUCUGAUCUACAACACUAUCUUGGCGAACACAUUGAAAUGAAGAACUUGGGUUCACUCAGUUACUUUCUUGGCCUUGAAGUAUCAUUGAGCUCUACCAGUUAUUCGUUGUCUCAAGUAAAUUAUGCCUCAGAUCUUUUGGUGCGCUCUGGUAUUACUGACUCUGCUACAACUCCAACACCACUUGAUCCCAAUGUUUGCUUGACUCUAUUUGAUGGAAUUCCACAUGAGGAUGUCGGUCUCUAUCGUCAGCUUCUCGACAAUUCUAUUUAUCUGACAGUCACCUGUCUUAACAUAGCAUAUGUUGUUCACAUUGCCAGCUAUUCUGAUGUUGAUAGGGCUGGUUAUCCUACUAACCGACAUUUUACCUCCGAUUAUUGUUUCUACCUUGGUGAUUCUCUCAUUUCUUGGUGCAAUAAGAAACAGAGCAUUGUUUCCCAUUCUAGUACGAAGUCUGAAUAUUAUGCUCUGGUUGAUGCUACAUCAGAACUCUUGUGGCUUCGUUGGCUUUUUGCUGAUAUGAGUGUCCUUUAG